UCCAGAAGACCGAGAAAAUGCUCGCUUCACCUAUCGCUCCCUCAGUUUCGCCGUUCAGCUUCCAUGUCCCCCCCUCUUCUGAUCCACCGUACAAGCUCCUCCAAGCGCACCCAUCUCUGUCACUGCUCUCCAAGUGCAAGAACCUCCACCAGCUCAGGCAAAUCCACUGCCAGAUCGUAAAAUCUGGCCUCCACAAUACCCAGUUCGCCCUCAGCAAGCUCAUCGAGUUUUGCGCGGUCUCACCAUCUGGCGAUCUGUCCUAUGCGGUCUCGCUGUUUGAAUCCAUCGAGGAGCCGAAUCAGUUGAUUUGGAACACUAUAAUCAGAGGGCAUUGUUUGAGCGCUGCCCCGGCCUUAGCCAUAGAUAUUUAUGUUCAAAUGUUGUUGCGUGGGGCGAUGCCGAAUUCUUAUACUUUCCCUUUCCUGUUGAAGUCUUGUGCGAAAGCUGGGUCGACCCAUGAAGGGAAACAGAUUCAUUCGCAUGUUUUGAAGCUAGGACUUGAGUCUGAUUCUUUUGUGCACACUUCACUUAUCAGUAUGUAUGCUCAGAGCGGUGAAUUGGACAGUGCACGUCUGGUGUUCGAGAAAAGCUCUUACAGAGAUGUUGUGUCUUAUACGGCUUUGUUGACUGGUUAUGCAUCUAGUGGUCAAAUGAAUGAAGCCAAACAGCUGUUUGAGGAUAUUCCGGUGAGAGAUGCGGUGUCGUGGAAUGCUAUGAUUGCAGGAUACAGUGAAUGUGGCCAAUUUGAGGAGGCGAUAGAAACAUUUAGGGGAAUGCAGAAGGUAAAUGUGAUGCCGAAUGAGAGUACAAUGGUUACCGUUCUCUCAGCUUGUGCACAGUCAGGUUCAGUGGAAUUAGGGAAGUGGAUGCAUCGUUGGAUAGAGGAUUACAGGGUGGGAUCGAAUACACGGCUUGUCAAUGCGCUUAUUGACAUGUACUCAAAGUGUGGGGAUGUAGAAAUAGCUCGAGGGUUGUUUGAUGGAAUGUCGCAGAAGGAUGUGGUUUCGUGGAAUGUCAUGAUUGGUGGUUAUAGUCAUAUGAAUUGUUACAAAGAGGCAUUGGUUCUGUUCAGGGAAAUGCUAAAAUCUAAUGUGGAGCCUAAUGAUGUCACGUUUUUAAAUGUUCUCCCAUCUUGUGCUUGCUUAUGUGCACUCGAUCUUGGAAAAUGGAUUCACACUUACAUAAACAGGAACUUCAAAAACUCAACAAACACCGCUUUAUAUACCAGUCUUAUUGACAUGUAUGCAAAAUGUGGGAAUGUGGAGGCAGCAGAACAAGUUUUUAAUGGCAUGAAGUGUAAAAGCUUGUCUUCUUGGAAUGCAAUGAUUUCUGGAUUGGCCGUCCAUGGGGAAGUAGAGAAGGCCCUUGGCUUUUUCUCAAGGAUGGUUAAUGAAGGGCUCGAGCCAGAUGAUAUCACAUUCGUUGGUGUUUUAUCUGCCUGUAAUCAUGCAGGUUCAUUAGAACUUGCACGGAGUUAUUUUAGUUCAAUGAUCCAAGACUAUAGAAUCUCCCCUAAAUUACAGCAUUAUGGAUGUGUCAUAGAUCUCAUGGGUAAAAAUGGAUUGUUUGAUGAAGCGGAGGCCCUCAUAGAAUCGAUGAAUGUGAAACCAGAUGGUGCUAUUUGGGGUUCUCUGCUAGAAGCAUGCCGAGCUCACGGAAAAGUCGAGUUGGGUGAAACUUUUGCUCGGCAUCUUUUUGAGCUGGAACCCGACAAUCCUGGUGCUUAUGUGCUCUUAUCCAACAUUUAUGCAAAAGCUGGUAGGUGGGACGAUGUGGCGAGAAUAAGAACCAAACUGAAUGAUAAGGGAAUGAAAAAGGUUCCUGGGUCGACAUCUGUAGAAGUAGAUAGUGUGGUUCAUGAGUUCCUUGUGGGUGACAAAACACAUCCUCAGAGCAAAGACAUAUACAUGAUGUUGGAUGAAAUAGACAGGCUUUUGGAAAUGGCUGGGUUUGUGCCAGACACAACCGAGGUGCUUUAUGACAUGGAUGAAGAGUGGAAGGAGUGCGCAUUAAGUCACCACAGUGAGAAGCUGGCAAUUGCAUACGGGCUGAUCAGUACUAAGCCCAGGACAACCAUUAGGAUUGCCAAGAACCUUCGAGUCUGCAGAAACUGCCAUUCAGCAACAAAGCUCAUUUCAAAGAUUUUCAAUAGGGAGAUAAUUGCCCGGGACCGUAACCGCUUCCACCAUUUUAGAGAUGGUAAUUGCUCAUGUAAGGAUUGUUGGUAAUGAACACGUCAUGAUAUAGGGACAACAUUUGGUAAUUGUGAAUUACACUAAAUUGCUUAAUA